AUGAAUCGCCUCUUCGGGGCAAAGAGCUCGGCGCCUAAGCCCACACUCAACAGCGCCAUCUCCAACGUCGACACACGGAUAGAAAGCCUCGAUGUCAAGCUCGCCAAGCUCAACGCAGAGCUCUCAGCCUACCAGCAAAAGCUCGCCAAGAUGCGCGACGGCCCAGGCAAGACGGCCAUCAAGCAGAAGGCCCUCAAAGUCCUACAGCAGCGCAAGAUGUACGAGGGGCAGCGCGACCAGCUCCAGUCCCAGUCCUGGAAUAUGGAGCAGGCCGGCAUGAUGCAGGACAACCUCAAAAACACAAUGACCACCAUCGACGCUAUGAAGACGACGACCAAGGAGCUGCGCAAACAGUACGGAAAGGUCAACAUCGAUAAGAUCGAGAAGCUGCAGGACGAAAUGGCCGAUCUCAUGGAUAUGGGAAACGAUAUCCAAGACGCGAUAAGUCGCAGCUACGAUGUGCCGGAGGAUGUGGACGAACUAGAGCUUGAUGCUGAGCUCGAGGCGUUGGGUGACGAGGUCGACUUUGAGGGUAUCGGAGAGUCAUCGGGCAUGCCCAACUUCAUGAUGGAUGAGGCAGCGCCCCCGCAGUUCAUCGACGAGCCGCCACAAUCCAACAAGGUCAAGGAAGCCGCGGGAUGA